AAAUUCAAAAGGCUGUACAAAGCAGCGACGGCACAAAAUGACAGGGCAUAUUUUCCGAACUGCAUAAUCAACAUUUCCAUUUCGUUAACUUUAGAAAAAUGACUCUUACAUCUGCAGCGGGAGUUAUUGCCCUUCUUGAAGAAACAGAACCAGAAUUAAAGUUCUAUGCACUGAAAAAGUUGGACAACAUUGUUGGAGAAUUCUGGGCUGAGAUAUCAGAUGUUAUUACUAAAAUCGAGGAACUUUGUGAAAAUGAUGGAUUUAGACACAGAGAUUUAUCAUGUCUUGUUGCAUCCAAGGUGUACUAUCACCUUGGAGCUUUUGAAGACUCAGUUUUGUAUGCUUUGGGAGCUGGAGAUUUAUUCGAUGUCAACGGACAUACAGAAUAUAUUGAAACCACAAUAGCGAAAUGCAUUGACCACUACACACAACUUCGCGUAAGGGCAGCAACACAUCCUGAUGAAGAAGUCAAAAUUGACCAACGUCUUAUUGAAAUUGUAAAUAAAAUGUUUCAACGGUGUUUUGCAGAUAAAAAGUUUAAACAGGCAAUUGGAAUUGCAUUGGAAACAAGACGAUUGGAUAUUUUUGAACAAGCUGUUUUAAAAUCUGAAGACGUGCAAGGCAUGUUGGGAUAUAGUCUUAGUAUAUGCAUGACUCUCAUUGAGAGCAGAUCAUUUCGUAACGAGGUUCUUAGAGUUCUGGUUAAACUAUACUUAAAUCUAACAACUCCAGAUCAUAUUAGUGUUAGUCAGUGUUUAAUAUUUCUUGACGAUCCAGACUCUGUUGCAGAUAUAAUGGAAAAAUUAGUCAAAAGUAGUGAAGAACAAACUUUGAUGGCAUAUCAAAUUGGUUUUGAUUUAUAUGAAAAUGCUUCACAACAAUUUUUAACUAGCAUAAGAAGUGUUCUUAAAUCAUUAGCUCCUGCCGCACUGGCUGAGCCUGUUCGACAAGGAACUACCCCAAAGGAGGGUACUGAUACACAAAAAGAUGAUGCAAAACCAAUGGAAACUGAUGAAACAAAUAAAACAGAAUCCAAAGAAGAACCUGCUGAAAAACCAGUUAAACAGGAAAAACAUCUUAAUGAAAAUGAGAAAACAUUACAAGACCGCAUCAUCAAACUGACAGAAAUCUUAAGCGGAGAUACCAUGAUAAAGUUGCACUUAGAAUUUUUAAUCCGCAACAACCAUGCAGAUUUAUUAAUAUUAAAAAAUACAAAGGAUAUUGUUCGAAAUUCAAUAUGUCACUCUGCAACAGUCAUAUCGAAUGCUUUCAUGCAUUGUGGAACAACCAGUGAUACGUUUCUUAGAAAUAAUCUAGAAUGGUUAGCACGGGCCACUAAUUGGGCAAAGUUCACUGCUACCGCAAGUUUAGGUGUUAUACAUAAGGGUCAUGAAAAAGAAUCGUUAAAACUAAUGGGUUCAUAUCUGCCAAAAGAUGGCGGUGCUGGCAGUGCGUAUCAAGAAGGCGGCGGUUUAUAUGCUCUAGGAUUAAUUCAUUGCAAUCAUGGUGAAAGCAUAAAAGAAUAUUUACUACAGCAACUUAAAAAUGCGACAACUGAUAUGGUGCGCCAUGGUGGAUGUCUUGGUUUAGGACUAGCAGCGAUGGGUACUCAACAGAAUGAUAUUUAUGAGCAGCUGAAAUUUAAUUUGUACCAAGAUGAUGCUGUCACAGGAGAAGCAGCAGGUAUUGGCAUGGGACUUGUUAUGUUAGCAUCAAAAUCAAGUCAAGCAAUCGAAGACAUGGUUAUGUAUGCUCAAGAGACGCAACAUGAAAAAAUAUUGCGAGGGCUAGCAAUUGGAAUUGCCUUGGUUAUGUAUGGACGAAUGGAAGAAGCCGACGCACUAAUAGAAAGUUUACUCCAAGACAAGGAUGCAAUUCUGAGAAGAAGCGCAAUGUAUACUAUCGCCAUGGCGUAUGCUGGUACUGGAAAUAAUAAAGCUAUCCGAAAGUUGCUUCAUGUUGCUGUGAGUGAUGUCAAUGAUGACGUAAGAAGAGCAGCUGUUCAGUCUUUGGGCUUUUUGUUAUUCAGAACGCCAGAACAAGUUCCUAGUGUUGUAUCACUUCUCUCUGAAAGCUACAACCCGCACGUCAGAUGUGGGGCAGCUAUGGCACUUGGUAUUGCUUGCGCAGGGACAGGAUUAAAGGAAGCUAUCAACUUGGUGGAGCCACUAAUGAAUGAUCCUGUCAAUUAUGUCAGACAGUAUGCAUUGAUUGCUUCUGCGUUAAUAACCAUCCAACAGACAGAAGUUACGUGUCCGAAGGUAAAACAGAUGAGAGAAGCAUAUACAAAAGUCAUAGCAGAUAAACAUGAGGAUAGUAUUGCAAAGUUUGGUGCUAUCCUCGCACAAGGAAUCAUUGACGCAGGUGGUCGCAAUGCAACUGUUUCACUUCAGUCGCGUGCUGGUCAGAAUCAUAUGCCAACCAUCGUUGGCUUGUUUGUCUUCUCGCAAUUUUGGUACUGGUUUCCUCUAUCUCAUUUCUUAUCUCUUUCGUUCACACCAACAGCUAUCAUUGGUUUAAACUCCAAUCUAAAGAUGCCAAAAAUCGAGUUUUGUUCUAACGCCAAACCAUCGGUGUAUGCAUACCCAGAAUUACUGCAGCCACCUAAGAAAGAAGAGAAAGAGAAGGUGUCAACUGCAAUUCUUUCUAUCACAGCGAAAGCAAAAGCUCGACAAAAGAAAGCCAACCAAGAAGAAGCCAUGGAAGUGGACGACAAGGCUGACAAAAAAGAUGAAGCGAUGGAGACUACGAAAUCAGAAAAGGAAAAAGAAUCCGAUAAAACAAAGGAGAAGGACGAAGAUGAAAGUGAAAAGCCAAAAGAAGAGGAGAAGAAGAAAGAAGUUGAACCCGAUUUUCAAAUGAUCGACAAUCCAGCAAGAGUUAUGCCAGCCCAGUUAAAAAAAUUAUCUUUAUCGCCUACUUGUCGAUACCAACCGCUGAAAUCUGUAAACGCAGGUGGUAUUAUCAUUAUGAAAGACACUCAAUCCGAACAACCGGAAGAUUUGAUUGAACCCUUACCAGCCUCGACUACACCAGCUGCAGCAGACGAAGAAGAUGAACCCGAGCCACCUGAGCCUUUCGAAUACACAGAAGACUAGAAAGUGUGACCACGGUACUAUGUGUGUACUGGUGUUGAACUAAAUCGUUUUUAAAAAUGUUUCUAAUACUUAUUCUGCGCAAAUAAAUUGGAGAACGUCUUGUGACUCAUAAAAUAAAUAAAUCAACAAA